UACAGUCGAGCGUACGAAUCCCACUGACUGACCGCGCGGGUCAGUUUGAACGAAUCGCCGGAGCCCCAUUUCGGUCCAAUGAUAUUUCUAUCAGUGUUUCGCAUGUCGUUUGACCGUUUGGAAUUGAGAAUCUGACUGUCGGGGUAGUUGACGGGACACGUUCGUGUCGGUGAAAAAGAAUUGGUUUACAGUUUCAUCGCGAACAAUGGUUGUCUGCUAAUUGACAACGAAAAUUAUUGUUUCAACAAUUGGUUUCCGUUAAAAGUUAGUGUGUCGCUAGGAGGGCUCCCAAAGUUAGCCUACCAUUCGGUAACUGGGACUGGUCACCGUGUGCUCCGGAACAAUGGUUGGAAUUUGUUUGGUAUUGGUAGUACGGGUGGCCCACUAUCAAUUGAUAGGGUAAAAGCCGUCCCCGGAGGGCGCUGGGUGGAAACUACGUGUUGCGAUAGCUUUUUGCUGCCGUUGGAGUUGGAGCCAGUGGACGAGAGAAUUCAGUGUCGGAGUUGUUCGGCUGGCGGGGGUGAAACAAAAACAACACCGCCGGAUCGUGGGUGGACGGAAGCGGUGAACAGUGAAGAGCGGUUGUCGUCGCGCGCGAGAGAAAGCUAGACUCUUCUACACGCACACUAUGCUGUCUCCUAGCUAGCUGACGAGUGCGAACCAGUUUGGAAGGUACGAUCGCGGUACCAUUACACACGCGUCCCAAUUGACCAGCAGUGAGGACUUCAAUUCUGGAUCAGUUAUUCAAUCAAACUGUGCUGUUUUCUGUAUUUCCUCUCUUCGGUAGUUUCUUCAGUGCGCCUUGAUUUGAUAAUUUGUUUUUCGAGGACGCGUGCAAGUUCUGGUGAGACAAAGUCAAGCAAAACCACGUUUAUCCGAUCCAAGCGAAAGUGGAUGGAAUUUUUUUUUGUUCCACGUAACGUUCCCCAAAAGUUGUGUGUCAUUCCGUGGAGAGUCUGAUGGAUUGAGGUAAAUCCUUUCCAUUAGGUGUUCGUGUUCUACCAGUUAGUGAGUGUGUAGGUAUUUUUUUUUCGGUGAGAAUUCUGACGUUUAGUCCUUCCGCGAGGAAUCCUGGAGCCGAGAGGGAGAGAGAGAGAGAGAGAAAGAAGCUCAGUUAUCGCUAAUGUUUGGUUGAGAAGCUAACGGUAGACGUAGUAGGAUUUCGCGUGGUGAAGGUUGGGAAAACAAAUUCAUAAGUGGUCAUAAAUCGUUGCUUCGGGAGCAUGUGUAGACAGUGAGCGUGGGAGCAAACACGCUGUAACCGGGAGAGUCUGUUUACGUUAAAGGACCAGACGCACGUGGAAGGUUGGUUCUUUCCCGCCAUGCGGAGGAUCGUGAAGUAACAGAGAGCAAAGAGAAAAUGAUUUUCUUAUCGUUAUCUGUUGGUCCUGUUUUGUGAAUGAGUGUGUGUCUCAAUGGGAGCGUAAGGAAAUCCUAGAUACGAGAAGUCGUAGUCUGUAGUCGUAGAAAGUACCAUCGAUGGACGGCCUGUAUUCGUGCGGAUGUACUCGUUUUCUCAAGAGUUCAAUCCGGCAGUCACGGUGUGAAAUGAUUUUCCUUCGAGUUUUACAACAGGAACCACUCUCGGUAAUGCAUCUUCCAACCAACCCUACCUGGAACCAUGGUUGAAGGAUUACUCUGUCAGUGAGCCAACUAGCUGCAUAGGCGAACGGAUGCGUGACUAAUCGGACGUUCAUAAUAAAACCACCGGUGGUUUUUUUUCCCGAACAGCAAGCGAAAGUGGGUUGGUAUGCUUGUGCGGAAAACUACGGGAACUUUCCAAACAAAAGCUUACUCUUGUCAGUUGUGUAUUAAGUGAGUGCAAACAAUUGAAAAACGACAACAGCCCUUUGAGAAUAGGCCAUACACUUCUCACCGGAGCCUAGCGGCAGUGUGCUUAGAAGAAAUAAUUCCAUAGAAAUUGAAGCCUUCAAUGGUCCUCGCAGCCGUGAAGGGUAUUUGUUGAAAUGUUGUGCUCUGUACACCGCUACUGUUGUGUGUUUCCACCCUUUUCCGGAUAAAGAAUAUCUCUCUAGAGCCAUUAAGCCGUUCCUUUAAGUGUAUAGUAGCGUCGCGAUACAGCAUAAUCGCCUCUGACGAACCUUAAAAGAACAAAAAAGUCUCGUCGGUGUCUAUUGUUGUUCGACGUUUGUUGCUAUUGCUGUUGUUUAUGUCGUCGUCGCUGUCAUUGUCUUCGUUGUUGCCGUCGCUAUUGUCCAAGAAAAUGUCCAACCAAACAGCAGAAUCUGUUUAUACGCAAACGAAGAAAACCGCGCCAUGAGUGUUGUGCUUUGCUACUCUAGCAUCCUAUUGUUAUCCAUCCAAACGGGGUAUACAUCUGCUGGCUGAAAGCUACCCGUCGCGUAUAUUUGCAUAAGACUGUACCGGAUAUUCAUCCGCUAGCAAAACUACAACUACUAGGAAUAGAAGCGGCUGAUCUGAAGCGGCAGACAAAAAGGAUAAAUCCACGACUUAGAAUAGUAUGAAAAAUCAUUGUGAGUGAGCACCCGACACAAACGAGCCCACUUGAGACCAUUUGGCACUAUUUAUAGCCGAGAGCAUUUGAAGCAACUAGUAAAUUGCGGAUACAUCGCGGUCUCCCAGUGGCCUAAGUGAUUACCACAUACACAACAAAACACCCGAUCCAUCGAACCAACUGAGCCGGAAUUGUUGAAAUUAUGCAAAAUAAUUGAUUGUUACUGCUCAUUGAUCAACCUAGUUGUUACGUUGUGAUACAACAAUAGUACAUGGUAGCAUGGAUAAAACAAAAAUCAUGGAAAAGUAAAACACAGAGCCGAAAAAAAUAAAUCCGUCACCGUCGUUGCCGCCCUCCGUCGUAGCCGCCCACACGCUGUAUCUCUGUCACUAGAAAAGGCGGAAAAAAGUGUCAACAGUAGCAAGCGGAACUGAUUUUAUAACCUAUCGUGCUGUGCACUAUUUGCAAGUUCCGUUAUUUUUUUAGUCCAAUGUGGUUGAAAGGAUUCUGAAAAUAGUACUCCACCAAAUGGGUUGAACUGAACGUGUGUUGGGAUCGUUGGGCUAUUUUUUUUAUUGGUGGCUACUCAAAAAAAAAUUCUGAACUCGGGAUCCGACGAAUUGAUGCUUUGGAGGAAGGUCGCGGUAAAGAGAAUAUAAUAUGCGUUAAAAAAGAAUUAAACAAGCAUUAAUUUUUAAGCUGUGAAGAGAAAUUACGGGGAACGAUAGUUCAACUUAUCAGUCAGUCAGUCAGCGUGGAGCAAAUAGUGAAACCAGUGGAGGGCAGUGCUUGGGGAAGUGUAAUAAAAAUAAUUAAAAUUUAUACCGCUGUUAAUGGUGGAAAAAAUGCCACCAGUGUUGACACUGAAAAAUAAAGCAAAUGGAUAACCAUUAUUGAAAUCGUUGUUACGCUUCUCGCAUGUUCAGUAGUGGCGGUUUACUUACAUAGUAAAAAUGUGCAAAAAUAUUUAAAGUAGAUAAAAGCGAAAUGAAACAUUUGUAGUAUCGAAAAGGGCCCCAGAGAAAGUUCGUGGAAUUAAUGAUCUGCAAAAUUAUGUAAACGAAGCAGAAAAAAACGUGAAAUCAAGAAGCUAACAAAAUCAAGUGUCUCGUAAAUCUGGCCCGAAAGUCGAAAGAAUCGUUCGGAAAGGGAAAUAAAAUACCAGACCCGUGACGAUAAUGCUCAUCCAAACAUCCCUGCUCGGGCAGCAGGCAAUUUAGACGGUGAAGGAAGGAACACGGUACUCUGCGAGGUGAUUGUAAUCAAGUUGGGCCGGUCUCAGGCGUUCCGAAGGUGACAGAAUACGAAAACACUGGAGCUGAAGCUUGUCCUCCCACUUGAUUUCGAAAAUACGGACUGGAGGCACCGGACCAGUCAUCAGAUAGCUGCCAGUGGCAGCCCGAGGGAAGGCCGUAACAAAAAGGGAGGUGCCGUAAAAAACAGCAAAACGACCGAUUCGGCAGUCUCGAACGCAUUUGUUGGAGCCAGUUGUGUUCAGAAUUGGACCGAUGCCACAAUCACAGCUACGACUGGAUCGACGGUUUCCUAGUAUUCCUUGACAAAACAUUUCCAAAACUCCAAAACAGUACUCCUUGUAAGCGAUGACUCGCGUGUCCAAACAUUUUUCCUCUGGCAUAAUUUUUAGACAAAUCAAAGAACCGAUCCGAUACGAUCCUGAGAAAAUGUAAGUCUGCUGAAGAACAAAAAUCCAAAAUUCGUCGACUGUAACGGAUUCUAGGGCUCUCACAAAUAAUCACGAACAAUCAGGAGCGAGGGGUGACUAACAGAAAAUCAUAGGAAACAUAUACGCUUACUAAUAUUUUAGGUAAAGUUUAAUCUGUUUUUAAUACCAGAGGAAAGGAUUUAUUCGUUAAGAGACGAGUAAUCAUGCGCAAAUUAUCGUUAUAAGGUCACAACCCUGAGUUAGUUUAGAAAUAAAUGUAAACCCAUAAGUGUCUUAUGUAAAACAAUAGUUUCUGUUGUUUUCGUCUGAAUAGUUAACCACCCCAAAAAGGGAAGUUAGUCCCCGUUUAUUGGCAAUAGAUUGGUCCUUUACGAAGGUUCAUAACUUGAAUUUAAAAUUUACCCUCAUUCGUCCAAUACCACAAAGAAACGAAGCAAAAAUGAUGAUCAGACAAUACUUAUGAAUAAGUUAGAGAGCAAAUAGUUCGCUGGCAAAGUGUGUGGUAAUGAGAUAUCGAUUUUUCAGUUAGGAAAUGAAAUCCCUGGCAAAAACCAACGCAAGCAGGUUCAAAGCUAGAACCGACUGGAGUCAAAACGACUGAUGAGGCUCAUGAAUAGAAGCUAGCUUCUCUAGCCCAUUCUCAGUUCCACUAAUUGUAAAUGGGAGGGAUUUGUUUGUGGAUGCAAAAUAGAACGGAUAGUGGUAGGAUCCUGGUUUUUCCUUGCCCUAAUCUGGAACGAAUGGAUGGAGAGCUAAUGAGAUUGUGGUGCGUGGUAGAAGCUAUAAUUGACUGGUGGUUUUAUGUUUCAACGAAUAUCCGUUAUCGAGUGUUGUUGUUUUCGAAAAGAAUAUACAGUUGUAUAACGAUUCAUUGAGGGCUUUUAUAUGACCCAGUGUUGAACUUUUUGAGUUUUUGUUCGGUCAUUAUCGGAAUUCACCCGAACGAAUAGUAGAAACAAUAUUUUUGAAUACAUAAAUUAUACCCAAACCUAGUCAACGAGAACAGAUAUCACCAACAGGUUGCCGUUUAAGAGAAACAAAUAUAACGAGAUUAUCUCACACACACACUUUUGAACGCCAACAGAAGUGUAUGAAUAUUGUUGUAUUUGUUACAAUUUAAGUCUAGAGUGUUAAGCUGCUAAUCAAUAUUUCAUGACAAGAGCAAACAAAAGAAAAUCCAAAAAAAUCGUAGAUUUUAUAUUUGUUUUACACGGAGAACAACUGACAGUACUAAGCAAAUGAUAACACGUUUAAAGAGAAGCGAUUUUUUAAAUUUUUAUACAAAUAAAAAACAAAACUACUAGUAAACGGUAUAAAAAGAGAAAAACAAGUAUAAUAGAGAGAAACUACAUAAAUGUUAGAUAAAAAACGUGGUGUUUUGAGCUUGAAGGUGUUAAUUUUCUAGGAAGCUUUGACUGUCUGUAGCUACUGUUAGGAGUAACACUUACACAACAAUACCAUUCUGAUGUAUUAACACAAAACACUUUUAUCAAGUAUCGCAACAAAACCCACACGAAACAAAAGAUCCUAAUUUAUAAACCUUAAAUCUAAUAGCAACUAGUAGAGGAAUUUAUAGUUCUAUUGUUAAUCAUCUGACUAGGUGCACUUCCCCUUUUGAUAACUGUCUACAAGCUGUUUAGGUGCAAAAGAAGAAAAAUGUUUGACUUUUAUGUGCGCAAGUAAGUGAAAUCUCCUCCUCCCCGAAAAUCAAUCGGCUCCCAAAACUCCAAACUGUCGUAUCCUACGCAUAACUGUGGCUUAAUCAAAUAGCAGAAGCAAAAAUUGCUACACUAGAACACUAUACAGGAAACGAAUCUGGCAUACGUGAAUCGAGACUCGCCCAAUUCUCUCUCUCUCAGUAGUACUGGUACCUCCUAGAAGCGAAACGCACAAAUCACACGAUGUAUGCAGCUGCCGGUGGUGCAUCACUGGCUUCGCGACAGGCACGCAAGAAACAGGCUGCCCAGAAUACCAAGAACAAGGCCACCAACCAGCAGAUUCUACGGGAGAAGCUAGCGGCGAAAGCUGUUACAACCCCGACCAAGAGUAAACACUUCCACCAGUUACCUGCUUCCUACCUGCGGGCACCGCAUCAACACCACAGGAAACUCAGUACCGGCUACACGACCGUUCCCGGCUAUGAUCAGCACCACAGAUCUCUGGUACCUAUCAGUGAACAGUCCUCAUCAUCUCAUGGAGCUCAUCCUCCCCAUACGCCUCAUCAUCACCAACAUCACCACCAUCAUCACCCGGGUCAUCCGGGACCAUGCUUUAUCCAACAUGGACCCCCACAACCGGCCGGCGCUCAUCACCCGCCGUUGCCAAAACCGACCGGAUUCCGCGAGUAUGACAAACUGGUAAGACGUCAACAGUUAACAAAGUCCGCAACCGCUACAUUGCCACUGGUCUCACAAGCACAUGAUCUAACACCACCACAAACGCCUACCCUCUGCUUUGGCGAACAUCAGCAGUCCACACAUCUCGCCAGCAAAAAUCCCAACACAUUCUCACAGCCCCUUCACCUACAAAUACCCACCAACGAUCCGAUCAUAAUUACACCGGCCACACCGCAGGCCACCCCACCGGGCAAGCUCAGCCUCCAGCUCCACCACUCCACUACCACACCGGAGGAUGAAGGACGACCCCAGACGCCCACUCCCGGAACCCUGGAACGCAAAUGCAGCGUUUACCGUGGUCGCAAAUUGGACCCCUUCGAGGAACACUUCUACAGUACCAACAGCACGACAAUAAACCACCAACAUCAGCCGGACGAUGUGUUCUACGGUCAUCAGCCGCACCUGCCGAACGGCGAACAUCGUCGGAGCUCCUACGUUUGCAAGUACGAGGCCGAGUACUACUGCUGCGAUGCUGAGCACCGACAGCUGGGGGUCUGUACCUGUGAUCACAUCGAGGCUUUCCCAAACUCCAUUGCCAGCAAAGCCAGCUUCGAUUUCGGUUGUGCCCAAGGACGUGCCGCAUGGUUGGAACGCGGUCGACGAUGCAGCGUGCAGGAAACCCCGGCCUCCUGCCAUCGACGAUGGGUCAAACGUAAUCGGAUACAAGACUCAUCGUUGGGUGGCUCCUCGGACGAUGAAGACUUACUCGGUGUGCUGCGAGGCCCCAGUUCAUUCGCCAAUGCCUUCCUUUACGUAGGUUUAGGUACGAUAGCAAUUGGAUUAGUUAUAGCGUUCGUCGGAACUGGCGAAAAAGGAUUCAAGACGGUUGAACUAAGACUAAUCGGACCAUCGUUAAUCGGUCUCGGCUUAAUUUGUUGUAUAUUACGUAUUCUGUUUUGUAUAUGUCCGUCACACUGUUUAUCAUCUAGUCGUAAAGCGAGAAAUAAGAAAAAUGCUAAAAUUGAUGCCGAUCAUCGAACUUCCCUGUUACGUGGCGACAGCAAACGGGUAUCGAUAGCACGCGGACCUCACAUACCGACGAAGCAGCCACAAAUCUACCCCAAAUCGAUUGUGAAAACCAAAACGUACGAGGGUGUGGAAGCACUACGGCAAAUAGCAACAACCUCAUUAUUUCUGCAGAACGAACAAAAAGUUUCAUCCAACCGGAUUGUUCCUAUCAUCAAGGAGCCAGAGAGAUUAGAAGAACCACCUUUAGAGUUAAAGAAGAUCGACACUGUCAAGGAUGCACUCAGUGUGAUAGACAUCGUUAGUAUAUCGGACGGGGAAGACGAUGACGAUGAUGCUCGCAGCCACAAGCACGGCCCGCACGAUCCUGCUGCUGGUAAAGUGUCCGACACUCAGGUGAUAGAUCUUACGGGUGAAGACGAACAAUCACAUUUCAUCGACUCGCACCACCAGCGGAAAGAUAGCAAGCUCAGGAGGCAACGAACUUCGGUCCAUCAACAGAAACCGAAGGACACCGGUGGUACUGCAGAAUCGUCGAUUUCAUCGUCGUCGCCCAGUAGCGGUGCUGCAGGUGGAGGCCUGUUGAUGGAAACCUCGCUAAUGAUUAUCGGUCCUACACCGAUAAGCUCACCAACCAAAGUACAGCAACAAUCAACCCUCACGGUUCCGAUGGUCAAAAAUGCUCCAUUGACCCAGGUCACCGGUACCAGCUCACUGCUAGCAGCACCAUCAACACAAUCAACCUCGUCCACAUCCGCUUACGGGGUUGCCAUGGCACCUAGCAUAAACACACCAAUUCCCGGAUCACUAUCACCAUUACCGUCAACCUCGUAUCUACCCAGUGCGGCAGCGAUCAUGUCACACGUAUCUCCAUUAACACCAUCACCCACUGCAGGACUGACUCACUAUAGUAGCACAAGCAGUAGCAGCAACCUUCUCUCACCUCCUCCGAUGGCUGGGUUUCCGUCGAUGCUAGGCUCCUCGUCUGCCAGCAGCCCUGGUCAGUACGAUCCGCUCACACAUGGUAUCAAUACCAUUACCACGACAUCUUCAUUGCUACAAUCAUCAGCCGUGACCACUACCAAAACCGAACCGGAAUUAGUGUUAAGUCCAGCGAAAUUAGGACAGUAGGUAUACUAUACACUUACACAAAUCUAGAUUUUUUUCCUAGCAAAAACCGUAAAGCAGGGCAAAUACCACACACACACAGUGUAAGAUUACGAAUAUCAACGGAGUCUCAGCCUAACAGCACAAGCGACCGAGAAUUGAUGCAAUCCCGGAAAUGAAACCUCCCAAAACGAUGCGAUUUUAGUAACAAUGCGACCGGUAUUAUAUUUAUACAAAACGAGAAGAUCGGUCUAAUUAUGCUACUAAGCGGAAAACGGACACAUACACGAGCGAUUCCUUGCAUGGGACAAUAUUGUUCAACUUUAUACUGACAUUAAACGCAUGGUGUUAUCAGAUAUGUUUGAAAUACUAAUUCGACUUUCCAACUUGUUUACAUAUGCACAGGUUUUCGACAUCAUUGUUCUCUUGAUGAGAGAACAUUUUAAUGGAAUGAAAAUUAAGAAUAGCUUACUAUUCUACUGUCAUGUUUUGAAAACUGAAUUUCUACUAUUUAUUGUGAAUGGUUAUGAAACUCCUUAUUGAUAAAAAAAAUAAGUUCUUAUUUAGCCUAUCAUAACUGUAAGACAUCUUACUUACUCUUACUCUUUCAGUCGUAAGCCACUUACUCUUUCAGUCGUAGGCCACUUGGGGUCUCUACUGUAUAUAAGAGCUCGAUUCAUGGCUAUUCGCCGCCAGUCUCGGUAGCAGCUCCAUCUCGACCGCUGAGCGCCUCAUUAUCUUAUAACGGUCGGAUCAUUGUCAAGGACCAUUUCGAACAAGUUGUAAUCCGACAUUCCCGCAACCUGCCUGGCUCACCAUAUCCACCCUAGUUUGGCCGUUUGGAUGAGGAUUUGUCCUCCCAGUAACUGAUCCAGCUCAUGGUUCAUUCGCCUUCUCCAGCUACCGUCUUCCAUCCGUAUUCCGCCAUAGAAACACCCAGCGAACGUUGAUCCUCCACAAGCAUUGUCUACACACUCAAAUUGGUUAACCGAUGCCAGCUGUUCAUCCUCGUUAGCUGAUUUGUUUCAGUAAAAUUAACAUUUCAUAACAGCGGUACCUCAAGGUACUGCGGUCAACAAAUGUUUAUUUUUGCUGUAAUUUCAGUAAAAUGAGAAUGUUCGGUAGUUCGGCUGUUCUAAACUCGUAGAAAAAUGAAAAAAAAACGAAAUCAGUUUAGUGUGCAGGACAGGUCUAAUCAGUGUUUUUUUUUUUUUUUUGUUUUAAACGUUGUACGUCGGCGAACUUUGCACGAUUGCCUGAAUUUCUCUGCUGGUGUUAUUAUCGGCAGUCACCAGUGACCCAAGCACAUCUUCUCAAAGUUGCGGGCCAUAAUGUCAAUGUCAUCAGCGAAAUCAAAUAACUGAACAGACUUUCUAAAAAACGUCGACUCGUGUCUAUCAUCGCUCUUCUUAUUAUAAGUUCUUUAAAAUGGGUGAUCUUCUUCUUAAAGACAUUUUAAACUGAAAAUUCCUUGCACUUCGUAUUGUUCCAGGACCAUUAUGACAUUCCGAAAAUUGGCGAAAGUUUAUGCGAAUUUUAUAAGUUUUCCUUUUUUUUGGUACGUAUCCUUAAAUAAAAAAAACUUGAGUAUAUCUUUUUUCAUAGACCUUCAACCACAUACUUCUCUCAGUUCAACCAUGUCUACAUACACUAAACUUGCUUGCGAUGGGUGUCUUAUAAUCUUCCCAGCUCCAACGGUAGCAAAACAGUUCUGCGAGCCAAUUAUGAAAGUGGUGCACGGAAUUGUUUUGAAACAAGAACAGCCAAUACGAAAGAUCGAUAGCAAGGAGGAAAUUACUCUAAACUCCGGACUAACCCGGGCAAAUAAACUGAUACUGUCAAAAAUAAUCUCACCUAACUCCGCUUAACCUCUCCUAAACUUUUCUAAACGUUUAAAGUGUUUAGCCUCUAUAUUUCUAUAUCUUUGAGAGACUUCAGUGGUACUGUUAACAUGAGCUUCGAGUUAUUCAGCAGUGAUUCGGGAUGGCAGAAAUCGCGAAUUGUCUAACUUGUUGGAAUCAUAACAAUUUUGACUGUACUGACUGUACUAACAAACUUAAAAAUAUGAAAAAAUUUCAAUUAGGCUCUACACGAACAUGCCCUAACCUCACAAAAUACGCUGGAUAAAAAUCGUUUGACAGCUAUACCUAAGUAGUCUGUUUACCAAUUCUUUCCAAUUUGCCUAUUCUUCACAUUAGGUUUUUAUAGUCACUGCUAACCUCAAUUGGAUGAACAAAUUUUGACAGUUUAGCAGUACUGUUAGCCUAAAUAGAGUUUUAAAACAUUUGUUCACGAUUGGAUACGGUUUGUUUUUGAGAUUUAUUAAAUAAAAGCAACUGUUGCAAAGUGUAAAGAUGAUUGCUUGAGAUGUGUUCUUCGAAUUGUGUUUGAACUUGUUUGUUAACAGUACCGCUGAACUGUCAAGGAUGAAUGCUUUUUCAUUUGUGACGUCACGAUAAAAAAAUAUAAUUCGGUUUAUUAUCGUCACUGCUAACCUAAAUCGGAUGAACACAUUUUGACAGUUCAGCGGUACUGUUUGUAAACAGACAUUUUUUGUUUAUUUGUUGACAACAUGGAUCAGACCUUUUACGGUGCAUAUCACCUAAAUAGAGUAUUAAAACAUUUGUUCAUGAUGGGAUACGUUUUGCUUUUGAGAUUUACUAAAUAAAAGUGACUAGUUGCAAAGUGUAUAGACGAUUAUUUAAGAUGUGUAUUUCGAUUUUUGUUUAAGCCUUUUUGUAAACAGUACCGCUGAACUGUCAAGGAUGAAUCUUUGUUCAUUUGUGACGUCACGAUAAAAAAAUCUAAUUAGGUUUUUUACCGUCACUACUAACCGCAAUUGAACGAAUACAUUUUGACAGCUCAGCAGUAUUGUUUGUAAACAGAGAUUUUUUUCUUUGUCUGUUAACAAAUUGGAUGAGACCAUUUACGGUCCAUAUCGCCUAAAUAGAGUUUUAAAAGAUUUGUUCUCGAUUGGAUACGGUUUGUUUUUGAGAUUUAUUAAAUAAAAGUGACUAGUUGUAAACAAACCACUGAUAGCUGUCAAAAGGUGAACUUGAUUCAUCGGUAGUCCAUUCGAAUGGCCAUCGUGCAAAACCUAAUUAGAUUUUUUAUCGUGACGUCACAAAUGAACAAGCUUAACAGUUCAGCGGUACUGUUUACAAACAAGCUUAAACAAAAAUCGAAGAACACAUUUUAAACAAUCGUCUUUACACUUUGCAACUUUUAUAUAACAAAUCUCAAAAACAAACCGUAUUCAAUCGUGAACAAAUAUUUUAAAACACUAUUUUGUCGAUAUGGACCGUAAAUGGUCUCAUCCAAUUUGUCAACAGACAAACAAAAAAAUCUCUAUUCACAAACAGUACUACUGAACCGACGACACGACCUGCCACUCGUCUAUCCAAACUGUAUCGUAAAUUUAACUACCCCUCAGUAACUGGUAAUGUCAAAACGGAAUCGUUUGAAAAUUUUUUGAAACUGGCAGCACAAAUUGAUAAGUUAUUGAUUUUGAAUAACAGUGACCAUAACCUUGGUUACUGCAUAUUGAGGACUUGAGAAAUGUAAACAAACCCAAUUGCAAAUGGAUAUUUCACAACGAAUAAUUGAAAUGGACCAACGGCUGUAUCGAGUGGAACGUUUGUGCAGUAAGUUGCAAGUUCUUUAAAUAAUCGAAUGUACAGCCUUGAAAAACUUGGACUCACUAAGGAAAGUCGUUUUGUUUUAUUCGUCAAUAUUCUCCUCAGAUUAAUUAAUGUCAAUUCUCCUCAGAUUAAUUAAUGCAUUUGUAAGAAAUAAAUUUAGUGAAUGGAUUACGAGUUCUUGUUUCAAUUCUUAUUUCUUUAUUGUAUAGAAAUAUGUUAAUUUCAGAAAAACGAAAAUACACUGUAGAUUAGGAUUUGUCAGGAAAUAGUAUACCGCUCUUGCAUCUCGGACGGUUUCCGUUGACAGAGAACUGCAAAGAAUAGAACCUGAGUUAGCUAAAUGAAAACGGAUGCAAUACGUUAUGAUGGUAGCUCAGGAAUAAAAUUUAAGCACUUACCACGAAGGAUGUAGAAUUUGGCUGUUCACUUCUUAAGUCGCUCUUAGAAAGUGGCAAUGGAGGCACAAAAUUUUAUUUUUUUUUAACUAUUCCACAACUUCCUCAAAAUGUUUAUUUAUGCGGGGCUCCUUGGUAACUUGUUUAUAGCAACUUAAACAGUGUUGCUCGAGAACAAUAUUUUUAUCAUUAUCAAGGGGUCGCUAUAUUUGUGGUAACUGGCGGUAAAUCGCUCACAGACACUUUUUAGUUCGAUUUUUCUUCGAAGUGCCUGGUCGUGUCGUCGACUGAACUGUCAAAAUGUGUUCAUCCGAAUGAGGCUAGCAGUGACGGUAAAAAACCUAAUUAGAAUUGCUAUCGCGACGUCACAAAUGAACAUGCAUUCAUCCUUGACAGUUCAGCGGUACUGUGUACAAACAAGUUUAAACAUAAAUCGAAGAGCACAUUGUAAACAAUCAUCCAUACACUUUGCAACUAGUCACUUUUAUUAUAAUAAUCUCAAAAACAAACCGUAUCCAAUCGUGAAAAAACGUUUGUCGUUUAAAACUUUAUUAAGGCGAUAUGGACCUUAAAUGGUCUCAUACAAUUUGUCAACAGACAAAGAAAAAAUCUCUGUUUACAAACAAUACUAAUGAACUGUCAAAAUGUGUUCAUCCGAUUGAGGUUAGCAGAGACGGUAAUAAACUCAAUUUACCAAUGGUUUGUUUACAUAUCUAUUAAUGUACGAUUCAGACGUUCCGUCUCCAUCCGUCACCGGAAUGUGAGCUUCCGUCAAAAUUAGUUUAAUACUUUCUUUACGGUUUACGUUAACACGGUCCGUCCGUCAAGACUUUCCGUGAUGGUGACUCCAAAAGAAUGCACGUAAUUAAUUUUGACGGUACCGUCACCGACUGUGGUUGACUGUGACGGAAAGUGACCGGCCAUCUGAAUCGUACUUAACACGUAUUCAAAUUAGAAUGAACACAUAAACAAACCACUGAUAGCUGUCAAACGGUGUUCAUUCAGCUCUUUUUGAGAGGUUGUGUCAUGUUUGUGCAAAACCUAAUAACGACCCUAACACUAGACAAUAUUAUUGUCAGUACAAGGAGUAUAGACAAUACUUUUGAUCGUUUAGUUUGUCAAAAAUCAAAACUGCUCACCAAUCAAAACAAAACUUUUUCAACAGAGAGGAAACUGUGUAAUAUGUACAAUGAACUCUUCUCUCAAUGUUUUUAUAUUCAGUUCCAAUAUUCAAAACUCUGAACGCUAGAUUUUUUUCGAACAAAAGCGGACUCAAGUUACCAAGCCAAUUGGAUUGGCGGUAUUGACAAUUAGGUUUUGCACGAUGAUGACACAAAUGAACUGCCGAUGAAUCAGAUUCAUCUUUAACAGCACAUCUAUUAACACGUAUGAAAAUUAUAAUGAAUACAUAAACAUACCAAUAUUACUGUCAAUAUAAGUUCAUUUUGUUAGUUUUUGUGAGAUAAUAAGAUUUUUUAUCGUGACGUCAUGAAUGAACAAGAAUUCAUCCUUGACAGUUCAGCGAUACUGUUUACAAACAAGUUUAAACAAAGUCGAGGAACUCAAACAAUCAUCGUUACACUUCACAAAUCCACUUUUAUUUAUUAAAUCUCUGAAACGAACCGUAUUGAAUCGUUAACAAAUGUUUUGAAACUUUAUUUAGGCGAUAUGGACCGUGAACGGUCUCAUUCAGUUGCCCACAGACAAACAAACAAAAAGUUUGUUUACAAACAGUACCGCUGAACUGUCAAAAUGUGUUCAUCCGAUUGAGGUUAGCAGUAACGGUAAAAAACCUAAUAUCAUACUCGUGCAAAACCUAAUUCAUCAGGGCCAAUUAGGCUUCACAAGAUGACAUCAUGAAUGAACUCGUGAUAGAUAUAGUUCAUGUUUGACAUAUACCGGUGGUUUGUUUACAUUUUUUAUUAGGUUUUACACGUACAUAACAUUACCUUACAGAAUGAACAGAGUGAACUUUUUUUGACAGCCGCCGAUGGUUUGUUUACAGUUUAAAAGUCCAUCAGAGGUUCAUCGUUUGAAUUUAAACAUUGCAAGUCGCCUCACACUAAACAGAUUUAUAGAAAUAUCGAUCCUUGAUGCUGGAAAUGCAUAGAGGGCAAUCUUUUUAAUUCUUUUCACUGUGGAACAGUGUGUUUUUAACAGGCACUUUUUCGUCAUUUUUCUGUUAUUAAUUUGCGGUCGCAAAACAAACCAAAUUACCGGCAGCAGUCAAGGAUAAAAUUGAUUCAUCGGCAGUUCUUUUAUGUAGUCAUCGUGUAGAACCUAAUAGCAAGUGUUCAAAUUAGAAUGAACAUGUAAAUUAACCACCUUCAGUUGUCAAAUGAUGUUCAUUCAGUGAAUUUGGUGAGAUUAUAUCAUGUGUUUGCAAAACCUAAUUAAGGGGCCUAAUUCAAGGGGCAGUUUACCACCUUCCAAUUUCCGAAACUCGUAAAAAUCCUCCACAGUAAGAGACACGGACGAAUUGAGCCACCAAUUUUAACCAGCAAAACAUAAUUGUGCACAAACUUGAUGUAACCUCGCUAAAUGAGGUGAUAUCAAAUGACAUUCGUUCUAAACCUAAAUGAUCUAAAUGAACUCGUGAUGGAACACUCAGAUUUGACACGUACUGGCGGUUUGUACACUCUGGAAUGACUAGAAUUCCAAGAAAUGAUGUGUAAUGACGCGAAACAACUCUGAGUGAUAUGGAAUGAGCAAGUAAUAAAAUAUUAAGAAGACGUUCAUUUAGCUCAUUUUGUCAAUGAGGAAAACGCCAUUUUUUACGAUCGCCUUCCACCUUUCCUAUCUUUGUUCAUUCCCCAACCCCGUUCAAAGAAAUAUUUUCAACUCGAAAGGCGAAUGUCCUAGCGAACUAAAUAGAAUUCGGUUUCAUUUGAUAGCAUCGUGCGUAUUUUUUUCAAUAUUUGGCAUGUGCAACUUCUCUCACAAAGGAUCGCUCUAUUAUCUAAUUCUGAAAUUCGACAGAACGAACACUUCCAAAAGAUCUGACAGAACCAGAAUGAAGGAACCGUUGAAAAGAUUGCAAUUAUUUCAAAAUGAACUAAAUUUAAUUUCAAGAAAAGCACCGCAAUAUUAAUCAAAAUAAUUAGGCAUUAUGUUUUUAGCUUGUUCUCGUUACUUGUGAGGAUGUUUGUUCUUUCGUUAGUUAGUAUAUUACUGCAUUUAAAAAUCAGAUUGUUGUCUAAGUUUAAACGUACAAUUAUACACGAGGCACUCGAACCGAAAAACCACAGCAUUGUGAACCUGUUAUCUAAGCAAAUGUUACAUAGCAGAAUCAUUACCACAAGAUUGCGAUUUAUAUACCUAUGUUUAACUCUAUUUUGAUGGACUCUAUAAAAGAAGAACAAAGUAAACAGAAACUAUUCAUAGAUAACUAUGCAACACUGCGGAACGAGAUAAUAAAAUGUCAAAGAGACGCCAUAUGAAGCAUUAUAUAUAUAUUUAUUAGGACAGGCAAAGACAAACAGAAUAUAUCAUUUAUAUAAUUCAAGCAUAUUAAAGCAAAAUCCAGUGAUAACAAACUAUAUUACCGAGAGAUUUUAAAGAGAGUCGUGUACAUAGUGUAUUGCUUCCAACAAAAUUUAAAUUAUUUAAAUAUAUGCAGUUACUGCUAUAGUUUAGUUUCGUAUAUGUUAACCUGUUUUCUAUCGAUUGUUAUACUGAAGGAAAGAAAGAAAAAGAACGAUAUAUCAUAAAAACGACUCGUCAUAAUACAAAAAGGGACAAACACACUCAACUAAAUGACCCUACACAUAAACAAUAGAGAGAGAGGAAUUCAAAUGUGGAAAGAACCUAUCAAUUCGCAUGCUCGAAAAACUUUUCCAUAACUGUGAGUAUAUUUACCGCGUAGCCAAGGAAAAACUAACAAAAAAAGCGAUGUUCACAGCAAAUAUAAACAAUAAACAACUGCAACCCAGUAAAAUCAAUAACAUUGAAUGUUGUAUAUGCAAAAAGCAAGCAAGCGAAAACCUGUGUAAACCAAUAAAAACCAAAUAUCGAUGGUACUAGUAGCUUACCGUAACCGUUUAUGUAAGUGGCUAAUGAAACGUGCUAAAUGGACGAAAUUGAAAGUGUGAACACAAGCAUACACUAACAAAAAUUUGUUGGCCAGUAACAUAAAGUUGGUGUAUAAAUAGGAGAAUAGUACAGCAAUGUCUGUGCAACAGUUAAACAGAUGGACAUAUUUAAGCAAGUAAACUCCCGCAGAAAGUACUAGGAAACAGAGAAAAAACGCGGGAAAUGGAAAGUGAAAUAAACGAACAGAUGAUAAAAA